CCGCGCCACAUCCCAUUAACGAGCCCGAGCGCUGCGCGGAUCAAGGAGGCUGACACGUCCGAGCUGCACUCAGCUGAUGGGAAACUGCAACAGGUAAUAACUACGAGUUGGAGAAAAAAGAAGACCGUAUUGUCUGAGGAUUCUUUUUUUUUCUCUCAAUAAACAAAAUCUGAGCGAGACUUUCAAAACGCACUGGGACCUUUUUUCCCCCCCUAUCAAGAGGAUUAAACUUCCAUUGGAGGGCAGUUCGGCGUCUCAGCCAUGGAGGUCGCAGCGGCAGAUCAGUCCCGGUGGAUGGCGCACCACCACGCCGUGCUCAACGGCCAGCACCCGGACUCGCACCAUCACGGUCUCAGCCACAACUACAUGGAGCCCAUGGCGCCUUUGCUGCCCCAAGACGAAGUAGACAUGUUUUUGAACCACUUGGACUCUCAGGGGAAUCCGUACUACACCAACUCCCGGGCUAGGGUCACCUACAGCCAAGCACACGCUCGCCUCACUGGGAAUCAGGUCUGCCGACCACACCUCAUCCACAGCCCCGGAAUCCCCUGGCUGGACCCCGGGAAGGCAGCCCUGUCCGCCGCACACCACCACAACGCAUGGGCGGUGAGUCACUUCAGCAAACCCGGCCUGCACCCGACCGGCUCCGGCUACCCCUGCAGCAGCAACACCGGCACGGCCCCGGUGUCCUCGCUCACCCCAGCGAGCCACUCCAGCCCGCACCUCUACAGUUUCCCCCCUACCCCGCCCAAAGACGUGUCCCCGGACCCAGGGCCGACGUCGCCCACCUCCACGUCGACCAGGAUGGACGAGAAGGAGUCGCUCAAAUACCAAGUGCCGCUGACGGACGGCAUGAAGAUGGAGAGCUGCAGCCCUCUGCGCGGCGGCCUGGCGUCGAUGAGCGGCCAGGGCCCGGCCACGCACCACCCCAUCCCCACUUACCCGGCCUACCCGUUGCACACGCCGCACGAGUACAGCGGCAGCCUCUUCCACCCCGGCAGCCUGCUGGGCUCGUCGUCCAGCUUCACGCCAAAGUGCAAAAGCAAAGCCCGCUCGAGCUCAGAGGGCCGUGAAUGUGUAAACUGCGGUGCCACCUCCACUCCUCUGUGGCGGCGAGAUGGUACCGGCCACUACCUGUGCAACGCCUGCGGACUGUACCACAAGAUGAACGGCCAGAACCGACCGCUCAUCAAGCCCAAACGUAGACUGUCCGCGGCUCGACGUGCGGGCACCUGCUGUGCAAACUGCCAGACCACCACCACCACCCUGUGGAGGCGCAAUGGCAACGGAGACCCCGUGUGCAACGCCUGCGGCCUUUACUUCAAACUGCACAACGUCAACAGACCGCUGACGAUGAAGAAAGAAGGCAUCCAGACGCGCAACCGCAAGAUGUCGAGCAAGUCCAAGAGGAACAAACGACCGAGCGACGGCUUCGAAGAGUUGACCAAGUGCAUGCAGGACAAGGCCUCUCCCUUUAGCGCUGCCCCCAGCCUCACCAGCCACAUGACCCACAUGGGUCACUUACCCCCCUUCAGCCACUCGGGACACAUGCUGCCGACUCCCACGCCCAUUCACCCUUCAUUCGGCCCCCACCACCACACCAACCGCUCGCCGGUUUGGGCAGAGCCCCACUGAACUUUUCUUCCUGUGUGAGCCACCAUGUUGCCAUGAACAUUCAAGGCACAGCCUCCCUCACAAUAAGCCGGAAGCUGACCAGAGUUGUCGCGUAAUGUACAGCGGUUGUAGCCGAGCGGCGCUCCUCUGGACUUAAUAACUGCACGUCAAGUCCAGUGGGACCCCACGGAUGGAAAAAUGCAGGGAGGGAGACUUUGGCGGACUCUGUGAGGAGCUUUGCGUGUUCUCUGUGGCGAAGGGUUGCAGGAAUGGUGAUGGUUGUCACUCUUUCCGCUUACUCCAGUCGCUCUGGUACGCACCUUUCCACAAGCCUCAUGAGAGGACUUAUAAAGUUGUCUCUUCAGCUCAUUUUCCUUAUAUUCUGACAUAUUUGCCCGCCCCCCUACCCCUCCCUAGCCCUUCAUUUGCGUCCGUGCUGGAAAUGAAGGCAUGGCUGGACACAAAACAGUGACAGCACCUUUGCGACAAAGCAGUAAACAGACAAAAUCGUGUUCUCUUUAUAUGCUGGAUUGUGCACCAACACAAUAGUCACCAUUUUUAAGAAUGGCCUUUUAUGGAGAAAAAAAAGGACACGGUAAAUAGAGUGUUUAUAAAUGCUUAAUUGCUAUUAUGGUUGUUAUAUUUGAUGUUAUAAUUAUUGCUACAAUAAUUUAUUUUCACUCUUUAAGCUUUUGUCAAGAACAUAUGGAAAAUGUUCUGAGUUGUAUUUCAUGGUUAUGACACAAAAGAAAACACUGACUUAUAGAGGAAAAUUCCCCGAGCUGUACGUUUUUAUCAUUUUUUUCCAUCUCACAAAAAGUGAAGAAAAUAAAGUUUAUUACUUAAAACGAUAC